AAUGCUAGCUUUCCUAUUUCAAGACUAAAAUUUCAAAUUAGGGGACUUCCUGAUGUUACUUAUAAUUUUUAUGCUCAUGAUAUAAAUUGUGGUAUGUGACUGAGAACAUUUAUGGUUAAUUUGUACAAUGACAAAUGAAAUCUGAUUGUACAAGGUUUUUGAGUAAAGCUUUCCUUCCUUUAAAAUAUUUGGGAAAUAGCGAAAUUUUGUAGACUUUCAAUAUCACAAUUUUUUAACCUUUUGUACAAGAGUUAUAUUAAAGCUAGUCUAUCUUGUAUAUCUUUACAAAGAUAUAUUAAUUUGAAGUCCUUCACCAAUUAACUUUUAUAAAUUUUGCUGCUACUAUUGUCAUUUGAUAUUGUAUUACAUAUUUACCUUACAUUUUUAUGAAAUUUGCUUUGUGUAAUCUUAUUGACGGAAGUAUUUAAUCUGCUUUGAUUCUUGAUUUCUUUUCUUUCUGUUCUGAAAUGGAAUCCUUAAAGAUGUGUUCAUAUACGUCUAGUUUUCUUUUGAUGGGAUGGGGGAAAUUCUAUUAAAACGUCUAAAGGGGAAAUUAUUCUUAACUUGGGGUGGCUUUUCCUAUCUAGAAAUUUCAAAUCUGUGGGAAUUUAGUUUUUUUUAAAAAAAAUUUAAAUAAUAGGUAGACAAUGUAGAAAAUCUGAUUUGUACUUUUUAAAAUUAGAUCACUGCUUCUCUCUUGGGUUGAUGUGUAUUAUUGUUCCUCUUUUCACUUCUGUUUUUUAUGCUUCAAAAUACAUUGUGUUUAAAGGGUUGAUGUCAUUAAGAGGGUGAAUAAAAUAUUUGCAGCUAAUCUUAUGGAAGAAUAUAUUUUUGACAAGCGGUUUAACUAUGGAGUGGACUUAUGCAAGUAAUAUUGAACAUCUAUUUAUACAAAGUUAUUUUAAUGCUUAAUAGUUUUGAGUAGGAAUUUCUCCACUUUUAUUAAAAUAUUAGGUAGGGGUUCUCCGUCUUUUUUCUUUCUUUCUAUGUAAUUGUGUCUGUUUCUUGGAGACUGUCUGCUUAAGUCUCUGCUGUUUGCUUGCAAGGUUUUUCAAAAGUAGUUUUUUUAAUAGGACUGAGAGACAAUGUGUAGUCCAAAAUCACCCUGCUAGCUUUGUGCCUACGACAGGACUCGAAUUCACAGAUUUCUGAUUUCUCCAUCUUUGCAAUAUUACUAAUUCCUAAAAUUAUAAAUGAUUUUAUAUAACAUCCCCAUGAAUAUGGCUAAAUGCAUGGGUUUAUCUCUCAAAACUUGCUCCAGGCUUUUCUCCCUGUGUUGCUUGUUUAAGCCCGCUGAAAGCUUGCCGAGGUAAAGUGAUAAGAAUUUUGACAUUCCUCCCUUCCCUGCAGAAGCCUGAAAAGUUUUCGGGAUGGGGGAAAUGGAUUCUCUAGGUUGCUCAUAAAACUUUUGAUAAUCACAACUCAAAAUUUUUAGAAUAUCUGGAUUUGGGAGAAAGAUAAUUUCAAGGGGAGCGGGAGGAUUACUAUUUUGAUGCAUUUUUAGGGGGAAAUCUAAUUGAAAUAUUAAUUAGUAAUUAGUUGUUUCUUGUUUAGAAUAAAUUUAUAUGAAUUCUCCUUUUCUUUUAAAUCUUCUGUUUGUGUCAUGCUUUUGUUUUAAUUUUGUGUCUUUAACAGGUGAGCAACAUAUGGGGGGAGGAAAGCAACAAAGAGGACCUUUCCAAGGUGUUCGUGUAAAAAACUCCGUGAAAGAAUUGUUGUUGCAUCUUAGAAAUAGCAAGCAGAUGUCCACAGAUUAUGGAACUGAGGAAUUAAAGGCACAAGGAACAUCGAUGAAAUAUGAUCCAUACACAGUAGAACUAAAAAAUAUAUUGACUCAUAAUCGGAAAAGAAAAGCUUCAGACUGUCUUUCUGAUGGAGGGUAUUACAAACGAACAACUAUUUUGCAACCUCAGUUCUUGACACCUCCGCAGACACCAACUUCCAUGGAUAAUAAUAUGGAGGAUCCCCAUAAUAAUGAGCCUAAGCAAGAUAGUAGCUGUGAUAUGCUGCAGAAUAUUAUCAAUAUUAAGAAUGAAUCCAGCCCAGUGUCUUUGAACACUGUACAAGUUAGCUGGCUUCACAGUAUGGUCAAUCCCAACUCUCCAGGGGAACACCAAUAUCAAGAGAUGGCUGGAGCUUUUUCACCUGUUCAAAAAUACCAAGCUUUCCAAACAAGCAGCUCUUCUCCAAUGCUGGAAAUGUCCCAGAAUUAUCAGUUUUCUCCUACACAACAACAGGAUAUGUCCCAGCAUUGUAUACCAUUGCUGGAAUACAGGCCUCACUCUGCAGGCAGCCAUUCCUCUGAAUAUCAACAAAACAUUUUUGAUAGUCAAGAACUUCCCUAUUGUACUACAGAAAGUUUUGCUUCGCUUUUAAAUGACUCAGAAGGAUCAGACAACAUCUCUGCUCCACUCCCUCAAGCAAUUCCUAGUGGCCUCCAGCAAACUGAAGUCAGCAGCUGCUCUCAGCAUUUCAACCAAGUCUCAGAUAACACUUCCAGGGGCCUUGAGGAACAUAGUUUAUCUCUGUCUUCUUCAGAUAUAUCACUGCAACUUCAGAGCAGUACAGGCAGCACAAGUCCGUUGGGCAAAUCAUUUUUCCAGUGGCAAGUGGAACAGGAAGAAAACAAAAUGGCCAACAUUUCUCAAGACCAGAUUCUUGCUAAAGAUUCUGAUGGUGACACAUUUCUCCACAUUGCAGUUGCCCAGGGACGACGGGCAGUUUCCUAUGUGCUGGCAAGGAAGAUGGCAGCCCUGCAUAUGUUGGAUAUUAAAGAGCACAAUGGCCAGAGUGCCUUGCAAGUAGCUGUGGCUGCAAAUCAACACCUUAUUGUCCAGGAUCUUGUUAGUCUUGGAGCACAAGUGAAUACUACAGAUUGCUGGGGUAGAACUCCACUGCAUGUGUGUGCUGAGAAGGGUCAUGCACAAGUCCUUCAGGCAAUCCAAAAAGGAGCCAUUGUAAGCAAUCAAUAUGUUGAUUUGGAAGGAACUAAUUAUGAGGGUUUGACAGCAUUGCACUGUGCAGUUGUGGUUCAUAAUGCCGUGGUACAUGAACUACAGGGGCAGCAGUCACCUCAUACUCCUGAAGUCCAGGAAUUAAGGUUGAAAAGCAAGAAGUUGGCAGAUACAAUCAAAUAUCUAAUUCAGAUGGGGGCCUCUGUUGAAGCCAGAGACCGUAAAAGUGGCCGUUCAGCCCUUCACUUAGCAGCGGAAGAAGCAAAUGUGGAACUCCUUCGACUUUUUUUAGAGCUUCCAAAUUGUCUCUCAUUCAUCAAUGCCAAGGCUUACAAUGGGAAUACUGCACUCCAUGUAGCCGCUAGUUUGCAGCAUCGAAUGACUCAGCUGGAUGCAGUUCGUUUGUUGAUGCGCAAAGGAGCUGAUCCAAGUGCCAGGAAUUUGGAAAACGAGCAGCCAGUUCACUUGGUUCCCGAUAGCCCUGUUGGAGUUGAGAUAAGACGAAUCUUAAAAGGAAAGACGAGUCAGCAGAGAUCAUCAGUCUAUUAAGCUCCAUGAGUAAAAAUGACCCAUACUCGCUGUCAGUUAGGCAGCCCCCAUGUAACUGUAAAUAUACCAUUUGUCCAACGGAGGCAAAUGUUUGUUGUUUCUGUGAAACAAGAAUAUUUUGUUCACUAUUGUAUAGUGGGUUAAUAACAAUUCUUCACAGUUGAAAAUAUUUCAUACGAAGCAUUCUGUAAUCAUUUGAAUUACUCCAUUAAGCAAUUCAACAUAUCAAGAACAAAACUGACAGUUAUAGUCUUUCAUAUUUCUACCCAAAAGUAAUUUCUAUUCAGUGUACUAUAUUGUUUAUGGUGUUAUCCUGACUUUGCAUCAGGGUAUAGCAAAUAUUAAGAAUAAUAUAUAAUGAGCAGACAUUUUUGCUGUGGCUUAUGUUAUAGAAGAUGAGUAUUCUUAAGAAUACUAAAAAAUUAUUAAUAUUUUAACUUUUUCUUUUUAUGUAUUUCUUUAUAGUUAUUUUGAGUAGGUAUAGUUAAUUAAAUGUAAUGAAAGUUCUAAUAAUUUAAACCUUUUAUAGUGGGAAAUUCUGUGUAGAAUUCAGUAAAGUUUUAAUUUUUUUAAACAUAAUUGUUAAAUUGUUUUCAAAACAAUUUAUAAAGUAACAUUAUCUAUAUGGUGUUUUCAUUAGUCACAGCAAUAAUUUAUGAAGAUUUAGAAAAAUAAAGCUGGCCUUUUGUUAAUUAUUUUUCAAAUUAAUACUUUCUGAUGAUAAUUGAGUUUUUCAAUUACAUAAAAUUAUUCAUGUUUGUAACAAAAAAAUCAAGAGUUCAAUUAGAAUAAAUAAGCAGUUAUAUGACAGAUUCAAUUAGAGACUAAAAAUGAUCAAAAAAAUGAUCACCAUUUGAUCAAAAUGAUGUUGAUUACAUGUCAUAUAUAAACUUCAUUUGUAAAAAAAGUUCUAAGAAUCAAAUAAAUUAGGACUACCUGUUAUAUUCUAAUAGCAAUACUUUUAAAGACAGUACUUUAUUUUCAUUAUGUAGCAACAUGCAACAAUUCAUUAUUUGCACUGUAGAUACUGAUGACCACUGGCUUUUAUGACUUUGUAGAUGAUAGAAUUGUCAGUAGCUAUUUAGCAUGAUACCUCUAUCAUGCUCAAGAGGAAUUGAAGAGGAAUAUGAAUUUUAAGAGGCAGUAUAAUUUGAAACACUGGUUGUUUUAAAAGUUGUUGUAUACAUAUUUGCAUAUGAUAGGAUGCAAAAACUGAUUUUUGUGACUCAAUGGUCCCAAAGAUUUCAGUUCUUUUGUUUCUAAAAGCAAACUAUUUCACCAUUUAAAAACCCGAAACAGUAUAAAAUCUAUCCACUCUGACUCUGGAGAGUGAUCAAUGCACCACAUAAAGUGUGGUGUAAUCCUCAGAUUGAUAGAAGUCACAGUAUCCCUAGUUUAUCGUACAAAGGCAUUUGGCUAAUGACAGAAAACAGAAUUGAUGUUUUGCCUGAGUAAGAUUCGUCUACACUGACUUUGAUUCUCUCAUUUUGAAUCAAUAGACGUAUGUCUCAGGGUUUUGCAAAAAAUUAAUUGCAUUAUAUUAUUUUACCUUAUAGGUAUAGUAGGUAGCCAGAUGUUAAUAUAUCAAAGAAUGUAAAUAAAAUAUAUUAAAAUAUUUCAUUGUAUUAAAUACUUUGCUUUUUAAAAAUUAUGUAUAUACCAUUCUUGAAUCACUACCUUGAAUCAUAGGUUUUCCAUAAUUAAUCAGAUCAUAUUGUUUGAUCAAGUAUGUCUUGUAGACAAAUAAUAGGGAAAUUUAUAUUUUAUAUUUAGAGGUAGAAAUAUAUCUUUUGAAAUAAACUUGUUUUAAUCAA